UGUUAUCUGCUGUAGAAGACUUGACAGACUUUAAUGCGCCACAGGUUUCGUUUAACACUUUCUAAAAAUCUAGAUGAAGAUUAAUUCAGUUUCAGACAAACGGAUUUUUAUAUUUUGAUGUAGUCAUCUUGUUUUUGGUUUUUGGAUAUUAUAUUUUUACAUAACGAGUUUAGGCUGGAUAUUUGGAUGAUUAAAGGAUUGAGCUUUGAGUGAUGCCUGAAGUUCUCGCGCGUGAAGAGGACGUCGUGGCCGUGACGUUUCCGGGUGAAAAGAUGCGCGGCGCUUGCUAUACAAACCACACGUUUGAAUACGACGACGGGAGCACGCACCUGAGUCCGAGGAGAUGUGGCUCCAGUCGCGGGGGCAGAGGGGUGCUUAUGAAUGUGCAGGACCUCGAGAUGAUCGCUGGAUCUGCAUCUGUGGUCCCCUCCCUUCAAACUCGAUUCCGCUUCCAGGACUUGUUGCUAGGAGACCAGGCACUUCAGAAUGAUGACAGGGUUCAUGUGGAGUUUUAUGUGGAUGAAAACACAUUUAAAGAAAGACUCAAACUUUUCUUCAUCAAAAACCAAAGAUCCAGUUUAAGGAUUCGAAUAUUUAACUUUUGUUUGAAGCUUCUGACAUGCGUCCUCUACAUCAUUCGAGUAAUGACGGACAAUCCGGGUCAACUCCGCAAUACAUGCAUUGACUGUAAUGGCACCACAAUGACCAAUGACAUCAACUGGGAACUGAUAUUCUGGGUAGACAGAAAAGUCCCAGUGUGGGCCAUUCAGGUGAUUGUGGCGUCCAUCAGUUUCAUAGAGGCCAUGUUGUUGACAUACCUCAGCUAUAAGGGUAAUAUUUGGGAGCAGAUAUUCCAAGUGUCCUUUCUGUUGGAGAUGUUGAACACUGUUCCCUUCAUCAUAACGAUUUUCUGGCCUCCUCUCAGAAAUCUCUUCAUCCCGGUGUUCCUCAACUGCUGGUUGGCAAAGUGUGCAUUGGAAAGUAUGAUAAAUGACCUACACAGGGCGAUUCAGAGGACACAUUCAGCUAUGUUCAACCAAGUCCUUAUUCUCAUCUGCACUCUCUUAUGUCUUGUUUUCACUGGCACGUGUGGUAUUCAGCAUUUAGAACGAGCCGGUAAAAAGAGCCUGUCGCUCUUUAACGCUUUGUAUUUUUGCAUCGUGACCUUCUCGACGGUGGGCUUUGGUGAUGUCACACCACAGAUCUGGCCGUCUCAACUGCUGGUGGUUGUGAUGAUCUGUGUAGCUCUGGUUGUGCUGCCUCUACAGUUUGAGGAAUUGAUUUAUCUGUGGAUGGAAAGGCAGAAAUCAGGGGGAAACUACAGCCGACAUCGAGCUCAGACCGAGAGACAUGUUGUGUUGUGUGUGAGCACGCUUAAAAUCGACCUGCUUAUGGACUUUCUCAAUGAAUUUUAUGCUCAUCCACAUACACAGGAUUAUUACGUGGUGAUUUUGUGUCCAUGUGAAGUCGAUGUUCAGGUGAGGAGGAUUUUGCAGAUUCCUCUCUGGUCUCAAAGGGUCAUCUAUCUGCAAGGCUCCGCCCUCAAAAAUCAGGAUUUGCUCAGAGCCAAGAUGGACGAUGCAGAGGCGUGUUUUAUUUUAAGCAGCAGAAAUGAAGCCGAUCGCAUGGCUGCAGAUCACCAGACUAUUCUGAGGGCCUGGGCUGUGAAGGACUUUGCUCCAAACUGUCCUCUCUACGUCCAGAUCCUUAAACCUGAAAACAAGUUUCAUGUUAAAUUUGCAGAUCAUGUUGUGUGUGAGGAAGAAUUUAAAUACGCCAUGUUGGCUCUGAAUUGUCUGUGUCCGGCCACAUCUACACUGAUCACUUUACUUGUUCACACAUCUCGCGGCCAAGAGGGUCAGCAGUCUCCAGAGCAAUGGCAGAGGAUGUACGGUCGUUGUUCGGGUAAUGAGGUCUACCACAUUCGUCUGGCUGACAGUAUGUUCUUCAGAGAGUACAACAACAAAAGUUUCACCUACGCAGCUUUCCAUGCUCACAAAAAGUACGGCGUGUGUAUGAUCGGUGUGAAGCGAGAAGAUAACAAAAGCAUAUUGUUGAACCCUGGACCUCGCCACAUCAUGGCUGCCACCGACACCUGUUACUACAUCAACAUCACAAAGGAGGAAAACUCAGCUUUUAUUUUUAGACAGGAAGCAGAUCAGGGAAAGGGGCGGAGCCACUGUGACAUCUUAAACAGCCCAUCUGGUCUUCCCGUUCAUAGUAUCCUUGCAAGCAUGGGAACGGUUGCCUUGGAUUUUCAGAAUACCAGUCCUACUAAGAGCGGCAUCAAGCUGGCUCCGCCUUUAGAGAACGAAGGUGGGAGUCGCCGCCCAAGCAUAGCUCCAGUUUUAGAGAUAGCUGACUCCGCCUCUUUACUGCCAUGUGACCUCCUUAGUGAUCAAUCAGAGGAUGAGGCCGGUCACUCAGAUGAAGACAUAACCGCCAAUGAAUUUGUGAAAGGGUAUCCCCCAAAUUCUCCUUAUAUUGGAAGUUCCCCGACCCUCUGCCACCUGCUGCCCCAGAAAGCUCCUUUCUGCUGCCUACGACUUGACCAGGGCUGUGAGCAUGUCAGCUUUGAAGAUGCAAAAGGGUAUGGCUUCAAAAACAAGCUCAUCAUUGUUUCUGCUGAAACGGCUGGAAACGGUCUGUACAACUUCAUAGUGCCUUUGAGAGCUUAUUACAGACCCCGCAGAGAACUUAACCCUAUAGUCCUGCUGUUAGACAACCUACCCGAUGACCACUUUCUGGAGGCCAUAUCAUGCUUCCCGAUGGUUUACUAUAUGGGUGGCACUAUUGACAAUCUGGACAGUCUGUUACAGUGUGGCGUUCUGUAUGCUGAUAAUCUGGUAGUGGUUGAUAAGGAGAGCACAAUGAGUGCUGAGGAAGACUACAUGGCUGAUGCUAAAACUAUCGUCAACGUGCAGACCAUGUUUAGGUUGUUUCCAAGUCUCAGUAUAAUAACAGAACUGACUCACCCGUCAAACAUGAGAUUCAUGCAGUUUAGAGCGAAGGAUUGUUACUCUCUAGCCCUGUCUAAACUAGAAAAGAAGGAGCGCGACAAAGGUUCGAAUCUCGCCUUCAUGUUCCGGCUUCCAUUCGCCGCUGGUCGAGUCUUUAGUAUCAGUAUGCUAGACACACUUCUGUACCAGUGUUUUGUAAAGGACUACAUGAUCCCAAUAGCCAGACUUUUGCUCGGGUUGGACACCACACCUGGAUCAGGGUACCUGUGUGCUAUGCGUGUCAGUGAAGCUGACCUAUGGAUCCGUACAUACGGGAGAUUAUUCCAGAAGUUCUGCUCAUCUAGUUCGGAGAUUCCCAUCGGUAUCUACCGUACAGAGUCGCACUCGCCACCAGAGUUUCAAGGGUCCGCCAGCACCGAAGGGUUAAACGACACCAGGGAGAAGGGGGAGGAGUCAAAGAUCCUCACCCGGAGUUCCUCCAGUAGUGACCAAUCAGAGCAUCCGCUCCUGAGAAAGAAGAGCAUGCACUGGACGAGGCGUCUCAGUAGGCGGAGCGUGAAAAGGAGCGACUCCUCCCUCAGCUCCAUCCAGCAGCGUCUGGGCGUGUCACGACGCUCAGAGAGGGAGGAGCUUACAGAACUCGUCAGGAAUCGCAUGCAGCACCUGGGGCUUCACACAGCUGGAUACAAGGAUGUCACGAAUCUGACAGCCAGUGAUGUUAUGAACAGAGUAAAUUUGGGCUAUUUGGAAGAUGAGCUGAACGACCAGCAAAACUCGAUUUCAUACGUGCUCAUAAACCCCGGCCCGGACACGCUACUACAGCUCAAUGAUGUUGUGUUUCUGAUCCGCCCGGAUCCGCUGGCUCACGUCCCUGAUGUUCCACCACCACAAACCCGCCGCUGCAGGUCCACAACAGACACACCAGAACUCAGCAAGGUUUAAUCGGUGACAAUAUAUUAAUUAGAUCAAAUACAGAUGCAGGUAAACACUUAAUGAUGUCUUAAAAAGAUGUUUAUAUUUUUAAUAAAUGUCAAUUUCUCACCAGCUCUUUAAACUCUUACAGUUAUAUAAGCUCCUGCUGGUUCAAAUAUUAGAUUCAUCAGUGAUAUUUUGCACUUAAUAUGAGUAAACUGAAGUACAAAAAUGUCUUUUGUAACUCUACUAAGAUUAAAAAUAUAGUGCAAUGAAUGUUGUGACUACAGUAUGUUUAAACAAUAAGCAGGGAUUAUUAUAAUCUGUAUGUAGUAUUGCAUUGUGACAUAUAGAGAGAUACAACGUUACACAAACAUUUGUUAAAGUGGAUACAAAAAAAUGAUUUUCAAGAAAAUAUUUUCUUAGUAUUUUUGUCUUGUUUUUAGUAAAAAAUAUCUAAAAAUUCUUAAAUUAAGAUGCGUUUUCUUGAUGAGCAAAACAACCCAAGAAAAUAAGUCUAGUUUUUAGACCAAAAAUAUCAAAUUUAAAGGAUUUUGUGAAUAAAACAAGCAAAAAAAAAUCUGCCAAUGGGGUAAGCAAAAAAUCUUGACCUUUUUUUUUAAACAUUAAAUUCAAGAAAAAAAUCAUUUUUACUGAAAACAAGACAAAAAACUAAGAAUCUUUUUCUUGAAAAAAAAACUAAGACUUUCUUACUUAGCAUUUUUGUCUUGUUUUAGUACAAAUAUCUAAAAUUUCUUAAAUUAAGAUGCAUUUUCUUGAUGAGCAAAAUGACCUAAAAAUAAGAACAAAAUAUCAAAUUUAGUUGAAUUUGUGCAUAAAACAAGCAAAAAAAAUCUGCCAAUGGGGCAAGCAAAAAAAAACUUUUUUCUUAAACACUUAAUUCAAGAAAAAUUUAAGAACAUUUUGCUUACCCCAUUGGCAGAUUUUUUUGCUUGUUUUAUGCACCAAUUCACUUAAAUGUUAUACAUUUUGCUUUAAACUAGACUUAUUUUCUUAGGCCAUUUUGUGCAUAAAGAAAAUGCAUCUUGAUUUAAAAAAUUUUGAUUUUGUACUAAAAACGAGACAAAAAUACUAAAAAAAGAAAGUCAAUUUUUGCAGUGUUUAACUGCAGACUGAAGCCCUCCGAAUGGGGGCGUGAACUCCAGAAGUGGGCGGUACCUCCAAAAAGAGGUGGGUAGGAGUUAGUCUGUCUAUGCUAAGAAGCCACGCCCCCUUUGGAGCUCCCACCCCCAUUUGGAGAUCUCCAGGCCACAUUCCAUACAUUGGUGUAGUUUUAAAUAUCAGACAGCAGGGGGCGUCCUUUGAUGUCAAUGUGCUCUCACUUGUGCAACAGACCUCUUUUAAAAUCAAUAAACUUAUUCAAUAAUCAAACUUAUAACACUAACGGGUUGCAACAAUUAAUAAGAUGUACAUUUAACAAUUUACAUUUUGUUUGAUAAGUCUGGGACUUGCUUAUGUUUUUUCCUUUUUUUUUCAUCUUAAAGUUUUCACAAACAAACAUUGAAGAAUACAUUAUUAUAUAAAGUGGCCUAAGAAAGACAUCAAAGCGAGCAACAUUUAUUUUGAAUAAAGCAAUUAAACUAAAGGAAACAUUUCACAAAGAUGUGAUAAAAUAAAUGAUAUAAUGUCAAAAAAUGCAGAUAAAGAUGGCUAACUCUGUUAGUGUGAACUCUUUUCAUUGACACCACUUGGUUAAAAGUCAUUGUCUCAGAGACAUAAAGUUUGUUUGAAUAAAGCACCAGCAUGAUUUGUUUGCAGGUGACGCUUGCUUUGAUGUUGUGUUAUACAUUGCAGUGACAUUCAAUCUGCAAACUAGUAGUAAUAAAAAGUGAAAUAUGUUGUUAAUCUAAUUACUAUGUAAUUUAAUGAAGUGUCAUUUGUCAAAUAUCUCUGUGAUGUGUGCCUUUUAAAAUUAAAGUGUUUACAUUAUACAGUGCUUUAAUAAUUUGUGCAUAAGUGUGUGUGUGUGUGUGUGUUAUUAAUUCAGUGUGUUUUCUUUCAAAGUUGUAAAAGGCGUGUCAGCUUGGAAAAAAAGGUUGAGAUUGAGAAAGUGGGAAAAUCACCGUUACUGCCAGGAGCGUGGGGUACAAACACACACAUAUACACACACAUAUAGCUACACACAGAGUUUCGGCAGUUUCGGUCGACAGGUCUGAGCAGGAGGUCGAGACAGGGAGGCGUGUGAACAGUAAAGGUGUGUGUGAGGAAAAAUGUUUGCGUGUAUGAGUGGUGAUUAAUUUUUGAAUGAAGGUAUUAAAUCAAGUAAACAACA